AUGCUUGGGGAAGGUCCGAGUGAUGGCUCUCGGGUAUAUGUACCUCCUGCGGUCGAGGUUGAAGACCAAUCCGACGAUCCCGACGCAGCCGAUCUGCUCCGCGAUGUAGACACCGGCCCUACCGUCCUCCCCGUCUGGCUACGGGAGUCCUCCAAGUCUUUUCGCUGGGGUUGGGUUCCUUUACCGAUUCGAAAAGCAGCUCGCGCGACAGCGGAUUUCGUCAAGGGUCCAGACCCGCCAUACCCGCUUUUGUUGGCGCCGCUAUUCCCGCAUGUUCAAGAACUGCCAGCCCGCUAUCUAGACAAGUUCUUUCCGAAGCGCAAGCAUAAGAUAACCCUCCUUUUGCUCCUAUACUUUGCAUGGUUCCUGCCGUGGACCAUCCUUUUCCUACACUCUCGUUCUGCGGGUUACAUUGAAGGCUAUGGGCGGCCUAUCACACUAUCAUGCUCGACUACCUUCUGGUCGUCUGGAAAUGGAUGCGGACUCAACGGGAACGACUGCCGCCCAUUCACGGGCGAAGCGACCGCCUUCCGAUGCCCUGCCAACUGCCGAGACGCGAAGAUGCUUGAACCCUAUACCGUCGGGAAUGAAACAGUCAGCUACAGGGGUCUUGUCAUUGGAGGCCCCCAAUCAGGAUCCGACGAGCAUGGCGUAUAUCGGGCUGACAGUUUCAUCUGUCAAGCCGCUAUCCAUGCAGGAGUCAUUGACAAUGACGGAGGCUGUGGUGUCGCCCGGUUAGAAGGGGUAGCGCAUUCAUUUCACGCGUCAAAGCAGAAUGGCAUCAAGUCUAUCGGCUUUCCAUCAACAUUUCCAAAGACUUUCAGCUUUGUCCAGCCGUCAUCAGAUGCCACUUGCCCGCAAGAUCCGCGAUGGCCUCUACUAGGCAUCACUAUCGGCGCGCUCGCUCUUUUGUGGCUCUUCUGCUCGUCUCCUGCAGUACUAUUUUUCAGCACGUUCUUCAUGCUUUUCAGUCAAGUUGGUUUAGUAUCCGAUCCACCACCUAGGGCUCAGCUGGCUGCCCUCAUGUCCGUCUUUGUCGCACGCCUCCUUCCCGCGUCAUUCGUGGCCUAUGUCCUGUACAGGUACUGUGCACGGCCACUUCUGGCCCCGCUGUCGCCAUCUAUCUACCAGUUCAGCAAGACAUUUCUCUUUUUGCCACCUGCAUUCUUUGGCGGCCUCAACAACUACACUUUCGCAAGAUUGAUUCCUCUUGAGCGUCUGACCCCACAUGAUAUUCAGCAACAACCUGGCGCAAAGCUCGCGCUAGCUCUGGUUAUCCCCACCAUAAUCUGCAUUAUUGUGACCCAGGCUCACCACAUCCGCAUGGGCGGUUUGAUGCCCCAUUAUCUCAAGGUAUACGGGACUAUGGCACUCAUUCUUUUGAUUCUGCUGCCACUUCCAGGGCUCCGCCUUCGCAUUCACCACUACAUCCUUGCGAUCCUGUUGAUGUAUGGAACGGCCUUCCCCACUCGACCGUCAUUGGUUUACCAGGGAUUGCUACUUGGGCUCUUUAUCAAUGGCAUUGCUCGGUGGGGCUUUGCUUCGAUCAUCGAAACGCCCGCGGCGCUGGGCGAACUAGCCCCCGGAGCUGGCGGAUCACACGGUUGGUGGGGAGCCACUUGGCCCAACAUCGACAACAGCAGCGUUACCAUAUCCCUCCCUGGUAAGGACUCCGGUGAGCUUUAUCACGGCAAUGGCAACAUCACCUUCUCUCUCUGGGAAAAGGAACGCAUGAACAAGCUAGGCGUAGAUGGAGUCUCGGUGCUGGUCAACGACGUCGAGCGCUGGCGUGGCUACGUGGAUGAGGAUCCAGACGGGGAGUUCACCUGGCAUCGCCGUGGCCACUCCGGCCUUGACCUAAAGCAUAUGUCCACCAUUGACGGUGACGCCUACUCAUCUUCAGAAGUGGAGACGCAACAGAUCGAUCUUAGCGACAAUGGCAAACCUGAAGACCUCUUCUUCCGCUUUUCAUUUUUGAAAGGCGCACAAGCGGGGACGUACGGCGGCCCCGGAAUUUGGCUCGAAGACGGGGAGUGGAUUUCUCCCCCGCAACCGAAGACAUAG